GCCCGCGCCCGCUACAAAGCGACGGAGGUCACGGCGCGAGGAGGUGCGCGCCGCCGCCGGUGAUCCGCUCGCGGCCUCGGCGUCGCCGCUCCGCCGCCGCCGCGGGCGCCAUGGAGGGCGUGAGCGCGCUGCUGGCCCGCUGCCCCACGGCGGGCCUGGCCGGCGGCCUGGGCGUCACCGCCUGCGCCGCGGCCGGCGUGCUGCUCUACCGGAUCGCGCGGAGGACGAAGCCGACACACACCACCGUCAACUGCUGGUUCUGCGCGCAGGACACGGUGGUGCCCUACGGGAACCGCAACUGCUGGGACUGCCCCCACUGCGAGCAGUACAACGGCUUCCAGGAGAACGGCGACUACAACAAGCCGAUCCCCGCGCAGUACCUGGAGCACCUGAACCACGUGGUGAGCAGCGCGCCCAGCCCCCGCGCACCCGCGCAGCCCCAGCAGUGGGUGAGCAGCCAGGUGCUGCUGUGCAGGAGGUGCAGCCACCACCAGACCACCAAGAUCAAGCAGCUGGCCGCCUUCUCGCCUCGGGAUGAGGGCCGGUAUGACGAGGAGAUCGAGGUGUACCGGCACCACCUGGAGCAGAUCUACAAGCUGUGCCGGCCGUGCCAGGCGGCCGUGGAGCACUACCUCAAGCACCAGAACCGCCAGCUGCGCGCCCUGCUCGUCAGCCACCAGUUCCGGCGCCGGGAGGCCGACCAGAGCCACACGCAGAGCUUCUGCUCGUCCGCGGUGAAGGCCCCUGUCCAGGUCAUCGUGCUCCGCGCCCUCGCCUUCCUGGCCUGUGCCUUCCUGCUGGCCACCACGCUGUACGGCACCAGCGACCCCUUUGUCCCGGGGGCCACCCUGCCCCCAGCUUUGCCCCCCGGGGGCAACGGCUCGGCUGCUCCUGACAACGGCACCGCCCCUGAGGCUGAGGGCUGGCGACCGCUGCUGGGCCUGCUGCCGGAGCACGUGACCGAGCAGCUGCAGGAGGCCUGGGCCUACGGGCGGGGCCACCAGACCGGCGUCGUGGUGCUGGGCCUGCUCACCUGCCUGCUGGCCAUGCUGCUGGCCGGCCGCGUCAGGCUCCGGAGGAUUGACGCCUUCUGCACCGGCCUGUGGGCGCUGCUGCUGGGCCUGCACCUGGCUGAGCAGUACCUGCAGACCCCCUCGCCCAGCUGGCUGGACACGCUCAAGUUCGGCACCAUGUCCCUGUGCUGCCUGGUGGGCCUGAUGGCGGCCGUGGCCACAAGGAAGGCGACGGGCCCGCGGAGGUUCCGGCCCCGAAGGUACCUCCCCGGAGACUCGGCCGGCCUCUUCCCUGCCUGCCCCAGCCUGGCCGCGCCCUACCCGGGCGUCGCAGCCUCUCCGCCGUCUCUCUUCCUCCCCGCCUCGCCCGGCUUCCUGCCCCUCGCCAGCCAGCAGCUGUUCCGCUCUCCCCGACGGGCCUCGCCCUCCUCGCUGCCAGGCCGCCUCAGCCGGGCCCUCUCGCUGGGCACCAUACCCUCUCUGACCCGAGCAGACUCGGGGUACCUGUUCAGCGGGAGCCGCCCGCCAUCGCAGCUGUCUCCGUCGGGGGAGGCGCCUGUUCCAGAUUACUACUCUCUGCUGCUGGGGAGCUGCCCAUCCCCGUUCCCUUCCCCGGCGCCCUCCGUGGCCGGCUCGGUGGCCUCCAGCACCGGCUCGCUGCGCCACCGCAGGCCCCUCAUCAGCCCGGCCCGGCUCAACCUGAAGGGGCAGAAGCUGCUGCUGUUCCCGUCGCCGCCCGGGGACGCCCCCAGCACCCCCAGCAGCUCCGACGAACACUUGCCCCUCAACGGCAGCCUCUUCAGCAUCGAGACACCCCAGCCACAGAGGCAGCCAGCGCAGGACACGAAGCACAGCGUGGACAUGAGGCCCGUGCGCGAGAGAGGCAGCGCCUGCAGCAGCCGCUCCAUCAAGAAGGAGGACGACUCCUCGCAGUCCUCCACGUGCGCGGUGGACACCACCACCCAAGGGUGCCCCGAGGAGACCACCUGGAGAGGUCGGUUCGUCCCCUCCCUGGUCCAGGGCCUCCUGGCUGUGAGCCUGACGGCCAAUGCCCUCUUCACCUCGGCCUACCUAUACCAGAGCCUGCGCUGACCGAGGGCCUUGGCUCCCGGCACCGGAGCGCCCAGAUCCAGGUGCUGCUGCUGCCACUGCCGCCGCCCUCAGGGCCGCCCCAGGCCGAGUCCUCGGACCCUUCUCCUCACUGAGCGGCGUGGACCGGGGCUGAGGCCUGUGCGCUGCACGCCGCCCUCCAUCUUGCUGACAUCAGUUGUGUUUGGUGCUGCCACGGAGCCAGGGGUCCCCGGGGGCUGCGCUGUCCGGCCCUGCCCGUGGGGCCUCCACCACUGCGCCUGCAGCCGAGCCCUGCCCGGACCCCGCACACGGGCCACGGCCACAUCUCAGUCCCGUGUGCCCGUCCCCCGGCCUCAGGCUCCCUGUGUCCCGUCCUCCACCAGCCCCUUGAGGAAGAGCAUCCUCUGCCACCUCACCCUUCCGCCUACCCCGGCGAGGCCUGCCCUCUGGCUCUCUUCUCAGCUGGGCCUGCAGGACGCUUGUAAGCAUCCUGCUCACAACUCCCUGCUGCCCAGUGCCCCGUUGUACCUCUGGUGGCCUCUCAGGCAGUCGCCCUGUUCCCUGAGAACACUGCCCAGGGCAGCCUGCAGGUGGCAGAUGAGACCACCCCCCCGCCAUGGCCCUGGCUCCUUCCCGCUGCCGAGACCCCCUUCCUCCCUUUGGUUCCACUGGCGCCACGGGCCGGGUGUGGCCCCGUCCUCAGCCACCUUGGCGGGCUUUGUCCCCUCCCUGCCCCUCCGUCCUCGCCAUCGCCCUUCCGCGCUACUGCACGCUCGCCCCCUCACCCCGGAGCCGGUCCUGCCCCCUGAAGCGGGCGGCCCUGGGAUGGCACAGGGACCCUCCAGACGCUGCGGCCGUCAGACCCCAGUCCCUGCUGCCUGGGCCUCGGACAGGGUGGGCGGCGUGUGUGUAUGUGACUGCACAUGUACGUGCGUGUGACGUGCCGGCCUCCGUGCUGCGGGGGAGGGAGUGGCUGCCGGGAUGGAUUCUGAGACAGGAGGAGGGGUCUUCGCUCCACCAUUCAGGGAUAAAGUUUAAUUUUAUUUUUCUACUCAUUCUGCCAGGUGAGGCGUUUUGCUGGGAAGCAGGAUGCCCCCGUCCUCCCAGCCAGGGAGGGUAGUUUUUUUAAGCUUUGGGUGCUUUUUUUAGUAAUUGAUUUUUACCACGUGGAGGAGGAGAUUGCUCUGACUUCCCUCUUCCUCUUUCCCCCACUCACGUCCUGAGAGCUACGGUCUCCUGCCCUGACCCCUCCCCAGAACACGGGGGUCAGGACCCGAGUCCAGCUGCCGAGAUGGUUCCAGUGGGUGUCUCGGCCUCCAUUUGUACAGUGGGCAUGUGUCAACUUUUUAAUUUUAUUUUCUGCCGAAUAAAGCCAAACUCCAUUCU